AAUAAACUACGACAGCGUGCCACAGCUGAAGCGCUGUACAGCGCGUCGUUGAUGUUGGGUGUUGUCAGUUACGUGUUCGUUUUAAUGUUGUGUUGUUAAUUGAACGUAAGAAUGGAUUGCGGUUCGAGGAUGUGCUUGCUAAUCAGCUUGCUUGUGAUUUAUCAGAUAUUCCAAUCUGCAAAUGGUCUAUUGAUUAACAACACCAUCGUUUGGUGCACGGUAUCGGAUGCUGAACAGCGAAAGUGUGAAGCGUUCUCCAAAGCGGUGGACCAGAAGAUAUCCAGUUUUACAGUCAGGGAUAUAGCUUUAUCAUGCAAACAAGCCUUCAACGAAGAGGCCUGCAUGACCAUGCUCGACGAAGAAAAAGCACACCUGACCACAUUAGAUCCCGGAGAAGUAUUCAUUGCUGGAAGAUACCACAGUCUUCUGCCGAUUAUGCAAGAAAAACUCGUUAGCGGAUUAAUCAAUCAGUAUGCGGUAGCGGUAGUAAAGAAAGGCUCACUGCCUGAUGUUCUCUCCCUUAGGGAUCUCAGAGGUAAAAAGGCUUGCUUUGCAGGAGUAGGAACCCAGGCUGGCUGGGUCAUUCCGAUACACACGUUAAUGGAACAAGGUGGAAUGGAAGUGAUUGACUGCAACAAUCAUGUGAAAUCAACGAUAAAUUACUUUGGUCCAAGCUGUGCCAUUAAUGCUUUGAUUGAUAAAUAUAAUCCGUUAGGUGACAACUCCGAUCAAUUGUGUAAGCUCUGUAUAGGUAAAGUACCAGGUGGAAAAUGUACUAGCGCAGAUCCAUAUGCUGGAUACGAAGGUGCUUUCAAAUGCUUACUUGAAGCUGGAGACAUAGCAUUCCUUGUUGAUACAACAGUGCAAGAGAUGACCUCGAAUACUCUUGAUUUGAAUACACCUAGCAAGGAUCAAUUUGAACUGCUAUGCACUGAUGGAAGUCGGAGGCCAGUUGACGAUUUUCGUAAUUGUAAUUGGGGUAGUGUACCGUCGCGAGCGAUUAUUACUUCAUCCGCGACGCAUGUGAACAUGCGUAAACUGUAUCAAAAAUUUCUGAUAACAGCUAGUCAGGAAUUUUCCAAGUCAUAUUCAAAUUCAAAUUCCUCAUUUAUGAACGACAAUCGAUUCGGAAAUCGAGAUGGUUAUGAGAACAGACCCGGUUUCGACAACCGACAAGGUUAUGAUAGAUUCGACGAUCGUAAUUAUAACGGUAACUUUUCUGGUAACAGAAAUUUUUAUUAUCGCAAUGGAACGGACAACAAUUUUGAGCAAGGAAACAAUUACGGACCGAACCCUUCGAACAGACAAGCGGGGAAUCCUAAUAUAGCUGACAUACUUCCUCUGGAGAAUUUCGACUUGUUCGAAUCAUCUCCAAGAUACGGAGAACAUCAUAAUUUGUUAUUUUCGGAUUCUACCAGAGAGUUUCAUCCAUUAGCUGAAAAGGAUCAAAACUAUCCACAAUAUCUUGGACAAUCCCUGAAUGAUAUUUUGGCUGUUAGACAUUGUCCAGUGAACAGGAUGACUUUGUGUGUAACUUCUGAGCCUGAAAUGGAAAAGUGUAUUAAAAUGAGGAUCGCGUUGAAAGCACAGUUGUUAAAACCAGAAAUGGUCUGCUAUAAGGGUCACAGUCAGAUACAUUGCAUGCAAGCUAUACAAAAUGGAGAUGCCGACGUGACAGUGCUGGAUGCUAGUGACGUUUACACAGCGGGUCUGCGAUACGGACUCAUUCCGUUCAUUUCUGAAGUCUAUAAUCUGGGCAGCCCUGACUACUACGUUGUGGCUGUAGCCAAGGAAGAAGAUCCAAGCACGGAUUUGACAUAUUUGAAAAAUAAAUACACUUGUCAUCCCGGAAUAAACACUGCAGCAGGCUGGGUCUAUCCCUUGGCUUAUUUGAUUUCAAACGGCUGGAUAAGAGGCUAUGGAUGUGAUUCGGUGCGCGCAGCUGCAGAAUAUUUUACUAAAUCUUGUAUACCCGGUGCUCUGAGCACCGAAUAUAAUACCGGAGUGCCGUACGAUAAUAUGUGUGACUUGUGCCACGGAGUGAGCUUCAGAUACUGCCGCCGAGAUGCUUCUGAAGAUUAUUUUGGAUACACCGGUGCUUUCAGAUGUUUAGUCGAAGGUGGAGGCAAUGUUGCUUUUGUCAAGCAUACAACAGUCGCCGAAAAUACCGACGGUAAGCGCAGAUCAACUUGGGCUCGAAACACGUUCACUAAAGAUUUCGAGCUAUUAUGUCCAGACGGAACGCGACGACCUACGGGACAGUACAUGGAAUGUAACCUCGGAAAGGUUGCCGCCAAUGCAAUCGUAGCACGAAGCGGAUAUUACGGGUAUAAUGAAACCGAAAUCAACGCUUAUAUCAAUCUAUUUGUUUAUGCGCAGCAAUAUUAUGGCAGGAAAGAUCCCGAUGAGUUCAGUUUCAGUAUGUUCUACAGCCCACCACCUUAUAGUGAUCUAAUUUUCCAAGAUGCUGCUCAACAGCUUGUCGUUAUCCCACCUGAGAAGAGACAGUUUAGCGCGUAUGUGGGACCUGAUUUUAUGAGGGCUAGGAGAAUCACUGACUGUAACGCUGGUGCCUCUGCUAUUCAGUAUACUAUCAGCGGAUCAAUCGCUAUGGGAUUCUUGGCUAUACUACUAGGCAGCUAAAAUCAAAAUCAUCUUACCAUUAGCUUGUGUUUAUCUAAUUUUUUUAUUUACCCGUACCGUAUUGUGCAAAUGACACAAAUAUUACGAAUUUCCGAUUUCCGAACUCCAAAGACUGAGUACACGUCAAUUCAUGCAACUGAAUCUCAUUUACAAUUAUACUUUUUACUGUUUGAGGUACAUAAUGCUUGGGUCACAACUAUGCUUUCAUUCACAGUUCCAGGAAGUAUCACGAAAACUAUAGCAGUUAUUGAAAUUUUCGAGUUACUGGAAACGUCAGUAAAGUCUAUUACAAGCUUGAAAUUUACAUAUUCUUGUUUUUUUUGAAACUAUAGUUCUACUUCGGUAACAAAGAGUUAUUUUAUAGACAUUGUAUUGUGCUAGGUUUUUUCUUAUUUUACCAUUUACAGACCAUUUUUUUUUUCAUAAAAUUCGAUUGUACUUGUAAGAAAAUUGGUAAUACAAUGUGAGCAAUUUUUAUUUCGUGUACGAAAUUUUGCUGCAUAGUCACUGAUCUCUAUAUACACAGGUCAGUGUGCAUAGUGUAUUUAAACGAUUUUGCUAAAAUCGUGUGGAGAAAAUGAAUUUUUAGCCUAGGAAACCUGGAAAGAUCAGAGAAUUUGGCAGAGUUGGUUGGCAGCUUAAUUUAAUGUGAAUACCUCGGUCACUUUACAGGCAGCUUUUGAAAUAUCAAUUAUACUCGAGCAUAAUUCAUUUACGAAUUUUUUAACUUGUUAAAAAAAAUAUGACUAACAAUUUAUUUGUAGUUAUCAUAUAAUAUGGUAUAUACAUUGGGGCAGCUCUAUUUCGCACUAUAUAUUUUGAUUUUUAGUCCUACUCCACAUUAUAUUUAGGCCGAACUGAAAUUCCCAAGGACUGCACAGAUUUGAAGUAUCGAUAAUAUUCUCCAAAGACUUGAAUAUUACUAAUUUUUCGGAAUUCAAGAUUUGUAUGGUACACUAGAUUAUCUAGAAACAAAUCUACUUUUUUUGCGACUAAAACAUCCAAUUCAGGGGAAAAAAGAAAUUGAAGGUAUAUGUCACUUUCUAAACUUUGUUUCUUACUCAUACGUUUUUUCUUCCAAGCCUUAGAUAAAGACCAUAAUCAGCUUUUGAUUUACAAGUUAGAAAUAAGUAUUGAUUGUUGUAAAAUCUUAAAAAUUCUUUUGCUUUUCUAAAUUAAAUUAUGUGCCUUUAAAGACAAUUGGAAAGAAUACAAAAUUUCGUAUUAUAAUACGUUUUUUUCAAUAAUGUUGAAAUGAAUUUUUUUUUUCAAUUCUGCGUUUCACUUAAAAGCAAUUACACUUGUUAGGUGAAACUAAAGGUUAAAAAAUAAAGUCUGAAAUGGUAGCUCACACUUACAUAUAUGUAUAAGCAAGUGUUCAAAUUAUUCAAUAAGAAAAGUUUUACCAACAACCACGACACCAGGGAUUAGUGACGUUUUUGAGCGUCUGUUUCACGUUUUAUCUUCUGUCUAUUACGAAUUCUAUCUCGCCGAGUAUCAAAAUAAAGUAACAAAUAACUCAUCAAUGAUUAUAAAUCUCUACUUAAUGUUUAUUAUUAGAAACGAAAAUCAGAAUAUAUAUUAGAAUUUUAAGAACCAUACGGUGAGUUGAAACAAGACCGUUUGAAUGUAACGUAAACGAUAUUUUAUAACUAAAAUGCUCGUCUAUAUGCAAUGUAAUCGAAUCCGUCCAAUUUUUGUACAUAGUGUAAGAGCUAUUUAUUGUGCAUGUACAAUUAUGCAAAUAUAGAAUUGUAUUACUACGAUAAAAUGCAAUCCUUUAUCUAGAUUUAUAUGUAUAACAUUUUUAUAUGCGAUCAUCAGUAUGAUGCUUAAGCAAAUAUCUUAAGUGCCUUGAAUAAAUAUAUCAUAGUAUAAGCCUCCAUUUUUUCAUGUGUAUGAAAGUAAUAAAAACAAGCCUAUUUUUAAA